AGUUUUACCUCCCUUGGAUACACUUGUAGACAUACGGAACGCUGUUUUAGUUUCUCGUAUAGCAAGAUGGCGACUAACAAGAGACGUCAAGAUGAAAAACACCUUAAAAUGUUACGUGAUAUGGUAGCUCUGUCUCAAAAUAAACAGUGCUUUGACUGUCACCAACGUGGACCAACCUAUGUGAAUAUGACUAUUGGCUCUUAUGUUUGCACGUCAUGUAGUGGUAUUCUGCGUGGAUUAAACCCUCCCCACAGAGUGAAAUCUAUAUCAAUGGCAAGCUUUACUGCAGAUGAAAUGGAAUUACUAAAAUGUCAUGGCAAUGAUUUUUGUAAAAAAGUUUGGCUUGGGCUAUAUGAUCCCAGAUCUGGUCAAGAAUAUGAUUCCAGAGAAGAACACAAAGUGAAAGAUUUUAUGAUUCAAAAAUACGAACGAAAGCGUUGGCAUGUACCACCCACAGAUGCCUUGAAAGAAGAAGCUCGCCGUCUUAAUGAAUCAGCAUUUAACAAACAGAUCACUACAAAACCAUUAAGAUCCUUACUUGGUGAAAAUGCCCCAAAAUUAGUUGUGCAAAAUUCUCAGAACAAUUCCAAGACUCAGUCGCCAUCUUUGCCAAAUCCUGUUGCUUCACAAGUCACAUCUACUCAGCCACAACAGUUACAGUUGCAUCAGAACCCAACCUUAGCUCAGCAAGCUCAACAAGCACAGCAAGCACAACAACAACAGCAGCAACAACAACAAUCACAAGCCAAUAGAAUACAUCUUCCAAACCCUACUAGCUCAGCUACUUUUGAUUUACUUGGUGAACUUGGUAAUGAUCCCUUUGCCAGCACACCCCCCUCAUCAAAUGCAUCGUCAGGUGGUGGAUUUGCUGAUUUUAGCCAAUUUAGUAGCCAGUCCUCAACUCCAACAGGUUCCAAUGCUUUCUCACCAACAUCUAGUGCUCCACUGCAACCAUUAGGAUUGGGUGGUCCUUCCACAGUUUCAAACGGAGGAUUUGCCAACUUUCCUCCAUCUUCAACUGUCAGUACUUUAUCCAAUCCUCACCCAACCAGCAACCAGUCUACUGAUAAGUAUGCUGCACUAGCAGAUCUAUGUAGUGUUUUUUCUGACAAUGGCAGUAGUGGUGCUGGCAAUGCUGUGAGCACAACUGCACAGACAUCAUGGAAUGUACCAACCAACCCAAAUAAUACAGCCCACGCAAUCAAUUGGGGUGGAGGGCUGAGUACUCCUCCUUCCACUACUGCUGGUGUUAAUUCAGCAAUGACUGCUAAUAGCACUGGUGGGUUUGCUUUUGGAAAUGUCCCUACCACGAGUGGUGCUCAGAUGGAUUGGAAUACACAAGCAGGUGCUGCAAAUGCAUCAAACAACAUGAACUGGGGUGCUCCUGUUGGUGUCACUGCAUCUCAAACAGCUUUUGGAAAUGCAGUACCUAAUCCUUUUGGAACCAGUGUAUUCUCUCAAGCACCAGUGGGUGGUGGAGGAAAUCCUUUUGCCAUAGGCACUCCAGCGGGGGGAAAUGGAGGUAAUGGAACAACUUCUCUCUUUAGCAAUCAAGUGCAGCCCACUACCAAUGCUGGUUUUAACCAAUUUGGUAUGCAGAAUGGUAGCUUUAAUGCUAUGUCUCCUGCAACAUCAGCUGGCUUUGGUAUACCUCAGCAGUCGGUGCAAACAUUUGGAGUGCCUCAGCAGUCAAUGCAAGCAUUUGCUCCUCCAGGGCAAAUGGACAAGUUCAGUGGAUUUGCUACACAUCCUGCAGCCCAGGCUUUUGGAAGUGGUUGGGCUCCAAAUUCUGUUCCUUCAGCUAAUCCUUUCAUGUCUGCUGCCACACAACAGCAAGUUCCACCUCGAAGCAGUUCCACAAACCCUUUCUUGUGAUACUCAGCCUAUAUUAAUUCUCCUGGCAUACUGACAACUUCAGACUUAGCUCUUUGUCCACUGACAUGCAUUGAUUUAUACAAAUACUGAUGAUGCAUGCAUAAUACUUCUUGCAUAUACAUUUAUACACACUUACAUGCUCAACUAAGUAUUGUAACUUUAGUCAAACAUGUGCUGUGCCCAGCACAUGUUUGACAUAAUUACAGGGUGAUUAGUGUGGAUACAGCAACAUAAGCAGCAACAGGAGCUGCUUUAUUCAACUGUUGAAUAAAACUACAGUUUUUUUUCAGCCCCCCCGUUUCCCAAAUUGUUUUUAACCUCUGGAUUAUCAACAAAACAAAGCAAAAAAAUAAAACAACAAAAAAAAACGUUUUCCUCAGAAAAUGUACUAGGAAAGAAAUUUGAGAUAAGCUUGUUGCUGCUAAAAAUAACAAAACAAAAACAAAAAAAUGCCAACGAAUGGAUGCUCUGUGGAUUAAAUUUUUUUUUCUUUUUGGUGAUUGCUGCAUUAUAGCUGUUAUUGUUUCUUUGUUAUUGAGUUCCCUAUGUAUCCAUUUGACACCGACAAUAUAGACAUCAUUUCUGUCUAGCUAUAGCUCUGCCCUUCGCCCUUCUCUCAUUAAUCUGUCCCCUUCCGUUUCCAAUCACUUCAGUGUACAGAAAAAUAGCUUCAUAAGAACAGAUUGGAAAAUGAAGAAAGUUGUGAAGUUAUUAUUGCCUAAGAAUAUUUUUCCUUUCUCUCUCUCCUCCUCCUCCUCUCACUGAUCACCAUAUUGGCCUGACAAAAAAAGUUUAAAAAUAAACAUGCUGCACAUGUAUAUACAUAUGUAUAGGUGUCAGUCUAUUUCAUGCCCUUAACUCUUGUCCUUCACUCCUAAGUCCUUCUCCCAAGGAAAUCAUUAUUAUUAUUAUUAUUAAUAUUAUUAUUAUUCCUGGGCAAUGUACUUGUUUAAAGUAUGCAUAAUUAAGGUUUUAUGAUUAUUAUCAUGAUCAUUAUUGUCAUGACUAUUAUCAAUAUCAUCUCUUUCCACUGUGUGUGUGUGCUUUUUUUUUUUUGUUUAAAUUACCUUUGAAAUUUGAUUUUAAAAUCUGGUGAUUUUUCUCUCUGUCCAAAGAAAUGCUAAAACAAUCUGUAGACCAUAUCAAAAAUAUGUCUGUUACAUAAAGCCUCUAGUUCUGUCUUCACUCUGUUAGAAAAAAAAAAACCCCUUCCCCAGAAAUUUCAUGCUACUUUAGAUUUAUACUUAUUUUAAUCUUUAAUUUAUCAAAUUUGUGACAUAAAUGGUAUAAAAACAGACAAAUAUAAAGAGACAAACAAAAGAAAAGAAUUUAAAGAGAUAAUAUUAUGAUAAUAAUAGUAGUAGUAAUAAUAAAGUGAAGUGAUGAAAUUUUAGAACACUUAUUUUGUUUGAUGUACACUAUUAGGAGUGAAAAAUUCUAUACAGGUUGUCAGUGAUUGCCUCUGAAAGCUAACUAACUGGUGUUUUGAAGAGUUUGAUUGCUGCAACUGUCUCUACCAGUUUGUUGCACUCCUCUUCAAGUCUGGUCAUCAUAAACUGGUCCUCUUCCACUCAAAUUAUCUAUGUCUACCUUAACAUUUGUUAGGGUACUUUAUUAAAUUUAGUGGGUUUUGCAAUUAUAUACUUACAUACAUAUACACACACACACACACAUACAUAAUGUGUGUUUAUGUAUGUAUGUGUGUGUGUGUAUAUGUGUAUGUAUAUAGAUAUGUGUGUAUGUAUACAUACAUAUAUAUAUAUAUAUAUAUAUAUAUAUAUAAUGUGUGUAUUUGGGUUUGGGGUAUUGAGGGCAAAAGAGGAGAAAGUCAGUAUUUGAUUGACUAAAAAUCAAUAAUAAUAAUAAUAAUAUGGUAAUAAUAAUGAUAUCAAUUGUUUUAUGAUUUGUUUUCCCCACCCCUUUCAAAUUGAAAGCAUGAUAUGGAAGAUAUAGUAACCCUCAUACAUGUUAUAUUUUUAUGAAUGCAUGUAAAUAAAUAAAUAUUUGUACACAUACCAAAAAUAUUGAGGUAUUGGCCUUCCAUUAACUUUGAUGAUGAUUUGAAUAAAAAACAAAGAAAAAUGUAACAAUAU